UUGUAGUUAUAAAAGGGCUGAUGGCACAAGGUGAAUAUUGUUUAUAUUUAAUAUUACUUGAUUCACAAGAUGAAUGUUCAUAUUUAAUACCACCUGGUCUACAAGGCAAAUGCUCAUAUUUAAUAUCACCUGAUCCAUUUGCAACUUAUAAUAAACAAGCUGGUUCAAUAACACAAAAUGAAAGUUUAUAUUUAAUUUUAUCAGAUUAA